AUGGCGAGGAUCUUGAGCGCCUGGGAGGCCGCAAAGCUCCACCUUGAAGUGAGCGAGAAAAAUCGUGCGGAGGCCCGUUUUGGCACGCAGCAGAGGUUGCUCCAGCCGAGUGAGCAGCACGGCGUGCGCGUAGCCGUGGAAGCAGUCCUCGGGAAACUCAAGGACAAGGAGGUUGCUUCGCUGGAGGACAGCGAGCUGGAGACAUACUCAGCGGUCAUCGAUCCGAUGACCAAUGUCCUGAAGGUGAAGCCUGGGAAGACCUUAACCGCCUUAACCUCCCUGCCUCAAACGCCCGAGGAGCUUCGACUACGCCACCGACGCAUUGGACUCUCCUGGGAUUUCUUGGCAACUAAGCACUCAAGCCGCUCUUGGCUCAGCAAGAAUCUCACCGACACUCUUCGGCGCUUCAGUGACUACAUCUUGGGUGUGCAAGUUGCGGGCUUGCAAACUGGGGAUGGGCGAAAGCCUACUUGGUCAUUGGUGUUGCAGUUUGAGCAUGAGGCGCGCAAGGCGGCUUACAAGUGGCUCCGGGAUGGAAAGGUGGCUACACUCGAUGCAGCCUUCAGUCGGGCUAUGGUAGAUACUGAGGUGCUGCAACGACAUCUUAUCAUCCCGUUCUCGCUGAAUGUCUCAGCAAAGCAGCAGGACGACAUGCCCAAUUCUUGGGUUGAACGACCUCCCAGGGGAGGGCGAGGACGUGGACGGGCCACCGGUCGGGGCACAGGUGGCAAGGGCUUCGCAAUCAAGAGCUCAAGAACAACAACACAGAUCCUUUGGAGCCCAAGGGGAAGCUCACUAAGGAUGCCAAUGGUGAGCCUAUUUGCUGGUGCUACAACCGGAAGGGAGGCUGCUCUAAUGAGCAGUGCCGUUUCAAACAUGUUUGUCAGCGCUGUUUUUCAAGCACCCAUGCCUACUACAAUUGCCCCUUGGUCAAGCGCCCCACGGGGGGCAACUGACUCGAUGCUCCAGAUGCUUUCGAUGGUUCUGGUGGUGCGUGCAAGGUCGGAAUUCCGACUUUGCAAGGUCGGAAAUCCGACCUUGCUCAAAAAGGCAGAACAAGUGCCAAAAAACGAGUCCGCCGCCGAAGACUGCGGAAAAACUCGUGGACGUCUCACGCAGGCAGCGGCAGCGGAAGCCCGCUUCUCUCAGCGCUUGCCGGUGCUGCUCGGUCGCCCGAGCAUAGGCUUGCGGAACAUAAGCAGCGAGCGCCCACAUGCUGCCCUCGUGCGGUUCCACCAUGUGAUAGCGGCGGGCAUCAAGUCCCACGGAGCGUAG